CCUUUAGCUCCAAUGGCGACAACUCCCAAAACCUUGAAGCUGAAGCCAAAACCCAGAUCCACAAUUUUGAUUCUCCUCAUCUUCUUAUCAGUCAUUGCGUUUCUUUGCAUGUUCUCCGCUCUUUUCUCAAUAAAUGGCUUCUCCUUCUCUUCUUCAUUCUCCCUCAGAAACUUAAAAAGACCCAGGAACAAGAGACAACACACUCUUCAUGAAAAGUACUUGUAUUGGGGUGGCAGAAUUGACUGCCCCGGUAAAGUCUGUGAACCUUGUGCUGGCCUUGGUCAUCAAGAAUCUAGCCUCAGGUGUGCCCUUGAAGAAGCCAUGUUUUUGAAAAGAACUUUAGUUAUGCCUUCUAGGAUCUGUAUCAAUCCGAUGCACAAUGCGAAAGGCAUUCUUCAUCAAUCUGACAAUAAAAGUUCAGAGGAAAGGCGGGCAGAUAACUCUUGUGCUAUUGAAUCUUUGUACGAUGUGGAUCUUAUAUCUGAAACUGUACCGGUGAUUCUAGACGAUUCGAAAAUGUGGUAUCGGGUACUAAUGACAAGUAUGAAGUUGGGAGCUAGAGGGGUUGCACAUGUGGAAGGCGUUAGUCGAGUUGAUCUCAGAAAUGAUACUCGCUACUCAAAUCUCUUGCUCAUCAAUCGAACUGCUAAUCCCCUGUCAUGGUUCAUGGAAUGCAAGGAUCGAAAAAACCGGAGUGCUAUACUGCUGCCACAUUCAUUUCUUCCAUCAAUGGCUGCAGAAAAAUUGAGGGAUGCAGCUGAACAGAUAAAGGCACUCCUUGGUGAUUAUGAUGCCAUGCAUGUUCGUAGAGGUGAUAUACUGAAAACCAGGAAGGACAAGAAUGGGGUUGAAAGAACCCUACAUCCUCAUCUGGACAGGGAUACACGCCCAGAGUUUAUUCUCUGCAGGAUUAAAGAAUGGGUUCCACCUGGACGAACCCUUUUUAUUGCUUCAAAUGAGAGAACACCUGGAUUCUUUUCACCACUCUCCGUCAGAUACAAAUUAGCAUAUUCAUCAAACUUUAGUCAGAUCCUGGAUCCUGUGAUUGAGAAUAACUACCAGUUAUUCAUGGUUGAGAGGCUUGUCUUGGUUGGAGCCAAAACAUUCAUUAACACAUACAAGGAGGAUGAAAAUGAUCUCAGCCUGACUGAUGAUCCAAAGAAGAACACCAAGAAUUGGCAAAUACCUGUUUAUACCAUGGAUAGAGAUCAGGAGUGCUGAUAUUACAUUUACCCGAGUUCCCUUUGUGAUUCAACCCACUAGUUUUCCACUGAUAGCAUGGCACUCGGAUGUAUGGCCAUACUUUGAUGCCAAGAUAUGCACUUACAGUGUGUUAUCGAAAUGUUGUAGCUUAGUGAGAGAAUAAGAUUGUGGGUGAAAAUGAGAACCUCACGGAUUUGUGGUAAAAUGUGAUACAGGUUGUAUGUGCUGUUUAAUCAUAUUCUUUUCAAAUUACAUAGAAAUUGAAAUCCAUUUUUUUUUUUUAUGUACAGCUUUUGGGCACUUGCAGUUGACUGCAAUUUUUUA